GAAUAGACAUCCGUCUAACUACCAUCGCUGUCAAUAUGCGGCUCCCCUUUUGGGGGCAUUUGCUGCAGUCUUUGGGGGCCCCGGGCGCGCAGUGCUGCUGGUAGUUGGAGGAGCUAAAGAAGCACUUUUAGGUAAAGGAGGUGAAAACAAUUUGGUGUUGAAGAGAAGAAAAGGGAUGUUUGAGAUUGCGCUGCAAACAGGGUCCUCGCUCGUCCCCGUGUUUUCUCUGGGGGAGAACGAUAUGUAUGAUUGGAUUGAAGCAAAUACUUUUAUUUGUCGCUUUUUAAAGUUUGUUUCCCGCAAAACAAUGGCUUUUUUUGGCUUUUCUUUGCCGCUCAUCUACGGGCGUGGUUUACUGCAACUAACGAUGCCCAAGCGCGUUAAAAUAAUUGAGGUGGUUGGCGACCCAAUCCCCGCUCCUCUGAUUCCAAACCCUUCUCAGAAAGACAUAGAAGAGCUGCGUCAACGGUACUGUGAGGCUCUCCACAGGGUGUACGAGAAGGCCAGGGCGAUCUACGGUCCUGAGGGGCGCUUUGCCGACCUCCGAAUCGUCGAGUAA